GUUAUUAUUGUAGAGAGGUGCUAUUGUUAUCCAGUUGAUGCAGCCCACCUUGGGGAAUAAGAAAGUGGAGAGAAAAUCGGGAAUCAAAAAUCAUGUCUGCGGAAAAGUCUGAUAAAGUCCAUAGCGAUGUGCUAGCCAGUGCGAGACAAGCUUGCUACAAGGCACGGGAUGAAUUCUACGCUUGUUUGGAGAGAGAAUCUGGCAAGGUUGCCUCCGAAUGUGCUUCCGUGGGCCUUCUCUAUCCUGCAGAAUGCAAGAAGUUUAGGGCUAAUUUCGAGAACAGUUGCCGCCUUGCUUGGGUGAAGCACUUCGACAGGCUACACUGCGGGAAGAAGAGGACUCAAAGAUUAUUGGAUGAUAAUGAGCUCAGGAGAGGUCCGUUAACUCUUCCACAACAACCUUUCACCUACAAGCCACCCGCUAAUUAGAUUUUAUUUGUUUAAUUGCUUUCUGCCAAUAUAUUCAACUACACUAGCUUAUUAGGAUGGCUUCCAUCUAUUUUGGCAGACAUGUGAAAAGCCAUUGCCAACUGGGAACAUGCCGCUCAAUUCCCCUGUUCAUCAUAUCUUUUUUUGUGUUUUUCUUCCCUUACUUCAACUAUUUCUUCUCUUUCCCUCCUUGUGUUAAAUGAUGUACUUUUGGUGCUUUUUGUUACCAAAUAAACUUUGGAUAUCUCCUUAAACACUUUGAAUUUUUAGGAUUGUGAUUGUUUUGUUUUGUUUUUUUUUUUCCUUGUUAUGUACAACUACACAAGGAAUUGUCUCUGUUGACUUGUCCAUUAUGGGAUGUGGGUUUAUUGCAUUUUGAAGGGUGCUUUUUAA